AUGAACAACAACUCAAAUGCGAUAAUCACUCAAACUCAAGAUAAUAUCGGAAAGAAGACUCAGAAGUCGACGUGCAAGCAGACUCAUCAUCAAAAUUAUAGUAUUUGUGGGAAGGGGACUGAAGAUCAAUUGCAUUCAUGGUUCCAUGGAAAGGAGCUCUCAUUGGUGGCCAAAUUGGAAGGCCACUCUAAGGCCAUCACAGGGAUUGCUUUGCCAUCUGGUUCUGACAACUUGUAUUGUAGUAGCAAGGACAAAUCCUUACGGAUUUGGGAUUACAGCACUGGAAAGUGUGGGACUGUUGUUGACUUGGGUAUGGAGUGUGAGACUUUGGUUAACGAAGAUUCAUGGAUUUUUGCUGGGCUCACAGAUGGUAAUAUUAAGGGUUGGAACCUCAAGACACAAUCUCAAGUGAUCCUUGAACGAACCGGUGGAAAGGUUAAUGCAAUUACAACCUACAAUGACCUCCUAUUUGCUGCCAUUCAGGCAUGGGCUGCAACUGAAAAUGGGAACAUAGAAGAAAUCUACCAACACAAUGUAGAUGAAGAAAUGCUUCAAUUUCAUGGCAUACUCGAUGCAGAAGAUAAGCCAAUUUUGGUAUGCGCGUGCAAAGACAGCUCCGUUCGCUUAUAUGACCUGCCCUCGUUUAGUGAAAGGGGUAGAAUCUAUUCAAGACAACAAGUUGAGACAAUCCGUACAAGCCCAGGAGGACAGCUUUUUGUUGGUGAUGCAAGAGGCUUACUAUCACUUUGGAAGCUUACAUGA